GAGUCCAUAAAACCAGACGAAGGUGACUAUGAAACUGCAAAUAAAGAGAGAGAGAGAGAGAGGAACACCAUAAUGGCUGGCCAAAGCAUGAAGGUCAUGGCGCUGGUCCUGGGCCUCCUGGCGACGACGGCAGUCGCCAAGGACACAUUGUUCGACGGCCAGAGCCUCGAAGUCGGCCAGUAUCUGGAGAAGGGGCCGUAUCGAUUUAUCAUGCAGGGGGACUGCAACCUGGUGCUGUACGUGAACGGGAACCGGCCGCUGUGGUCGUCGGGGACCGACGGCAAGGGCAGCUCGUGCCGGGCCACGCUGCAGGAAAAUGGCAACCUGGUCAUCUUCUCCGGGAGCGAUGUGGUGUGGACCAGCGGCAGCGCCCCAGGGCCCAACACCUACCGUCUGGUCCUCCAAGGGGACGGGAACGUCGUCAUCUAUGGCGCAGCACUGUGGGCAACCAACACCGCUCAGAGCCGGAGACUUCUGCUCUGAUGAAGGGGCCGGGCGAGGGUGACGACCUCCUCUCUGGUAUAUCUGGUUUGCUUAUCUGCGUGCCAUGAACUAUAAGAAAGGAUUUGCAUGAGAUUGGAAUUAUUUGGAAAGCAGUAAUUUUCUGUAAUCUAUCUGUCUGGCCUGUGUGUUCGAACUUGUAGACAUGCAAGGCAUCCCCAGCACAAGCAGGGAAAUUUAAGGAAUCUGGAAAGAUUCAUGAGAUUUGUGUUGUUAUAGCUAUGAAAAAUGUUAAAUGAA